AUGGCAGGAGGAAAUAUCAAGGUGGUCGUUCGGGUACGGCCCUUCAACGGCAGGGAGGUGGACCGGCAUGCAAAAUGUGUUGUCAGAAUGGAUGGCAACCAAACAAUACUUGUGCCUCCACCAGAAGCCGAAGAACGCAUGCGAAAGGGAGGCAAGGGAAGUGACGGGCAGAAGACAUUUGCAUUCGAUCGAAGCUACUGGAGUUUCGAUCGCAACGACAAGAGUUUCGCUGGACAGGACAGCCUCUACAAUGACCUUGGAAUCCCUCUCCUCGACAAUGCUUUUCAAGGAUACAACAACUGCAUUUUCGCCUAUGGCCAGACGGGAUCUGGGAAGUCUUACAGCAUGAUGGGAUAUGGAGAAGAAGCUGGAGUCAUACCCAAAAUCUGUCGGAACAUGUUUGAAAGAAUUGCGGAAAUCCAGAAAGACAAGAAUCUCACAUGUACCGUUGAGGUCUCAUAUCUAGAAAUCUACAAUGAGCGGGUUCGAGAUCUACUCAACCCUACGACUAAAGGCAAUCUCAAGGUCCGAGAGCAUCAAUCUACCGGGCCCUACGUGGAGGAUCUUGCAAAACUAGCUGUCAGAUCUUUCCAGGAAAUUGAGCAUCUGAUGGAUGAGGGAAACAAAGCGCGAACAGUGGCUGCCACAAGCAUGAACGAGACGUCAAGUCGAUCUCAUGCAGUCUUCACCUUGACUGUAACCCAGAAGAGGCAUGAUGUAGAGACGCGGAUGGACACUGAGAAAGUAGCCAAGAUCAGCCUCGUGGACCUCGCAGGUUCUGAGCGAGCGACCUCGACAGGCGCAACAGGAGCUCGGCUAAAAGAAGGUGCGGAGAUUAAUCGUUCGUUGUCAACUCUUGGACGCGUCAUUGCGGCGUUAGCAGACCUAUCUAUGGGCAAGAAGAAGAACAUGUCCAUUGUACCGUAUAGAGACUCGAUCCUGACUUGGCUGUUGAAGGACUCGCUGGGAGGGAAUAGCAUGACAGCUAUGAUUGCUGCGAUCUCUCCAGCAGACAUCAAUUUCGAAGAGACUUUGAGCACCCUAAGAUAUGCUGACUCGGCUAAGCGUAUCAAGAAUCACGCUGUGGUCAAUGAAGAUCCGAACGCUCGCAUGAUAAGAGAAUUGAAAGAAGAACUAGCACAGUUGAGAUCCAAAUUAGGAAGUGGUGCCACUUCUGGCGGUAUCGCUGAAGAACAAUAUGCUCCAGACACGCCGUUGGAUCAGCAGAUUGUCUCCAUCACCCAAGCUGAUGGAACAAUAAAACGUGUGUCAAAGGCUGAUAUUGUGGAGCAGCUCAACCAGUCUGAGAAGCUGUACGAAGAUCUAAAUCAGACCUGGGAAGAGAAGCUGGAAAAGACUGAGCUGAUACACAAAGAACGAGAAGCUGCUCUUGAAGAACUCGGUAUCUGUAUCGAGAAAGGAUUCGUCGGAGUCUCAACGCCUAGGAGGAUGCCUCAUCUUGUCAAUCUCAGCGACGAUCCACUUCUCGCAGAAUGUCUGGUGUACAACAUCAAGCCAGGGACCACAGCUGUAGGCAACGUCGAAGACCCAGGCACGACUUCGGAGAUUCGCUUGAACGGGUCCAAGAUCAUGAAAGAUCACUGCACGUUCGAAAACGUUGACGGGCUUGUCACGUUGGUGCCGCGAGAUGGUGCUGCAAUCAUGGUAAAUGGACUUCGUGUAGAUAAGCCAUCAAGACUCCGGAGUGGAAAUCGGGUCAUCCUAGGAGACUUCCACAUCUUCCGCUUCAACCAUCCACAGGAAGCUAGAGCAGAGCGCAAAGAGCAAAGUCUUCUCAGGCAUUCUGUUACCACAAGCCAACUCGGUUCUCCUGUGCCAAGGCCGUCACACAGUCGAAGCGAAAGCAGAGUUGACGUUGAAAGUGAUAUCGAGGGAAAUAGGCCAGAGUCUCCAAUGCCUUCAAGAAGCGGGCGAGACUCAGACUGGUCUUUGGCACGCCGUGAGGCCGCGGGCGCUAUCCUAGGGGCUGAUCAGAAGAUCACACAUCUGACUGACGACGAGCUGGAUGCCUUGUUCGACGAUGUGCAACGUGCUCGAGCCGUUCGCAAAGGUCGUCCCGAAUCUCGUCUGUUCGGGCCAGAAGAUGAAGACUCUGAAUCAGUCAGCUCAUACCCAAUCAGGGAAAAAUAUAUGUCAAAUGGCACGCUCGACAAUUUCUCUCUUGAUACCGCUCUUACGCUGCCGAGCACUCCUCAGCAAAGCGGUGUAGAAUCGGCUGAGUCAGACGACGACAGACUAGAGCUGAUCAGAGGCGACAUGCGUAGCCAGCUUGAUAAGCAGAAAGAAGAGUUUGAAGAAAAGCUUAGAGUAGCUCAAACCUCUACGACCCAGAAUGUCGAAGAUUUGAGAGCCGAGAAGGAACGCAUGGAACAUGCUCUCGAAGCUGCAAAAGAAGAUUACAGACGUCAGCUCGAGCAGCAGAAAGAGACAUUUGCCCGAGAAUGGCGAGAGGCUUCAAGUUCUCCUUCACCAAGAAGGCCACGAGUAACCCAAAAUGGAUUUACUGAGCUUCCGGAGGAAGAGAAGGCCAUCGUCAGAAACCAUCUAGCACGGUGGCGGCAAGUUGGGCACGUGCGCCUCGCGGAGGCGAUUCUUCGACAUGCAGCGACCUUGAAGGAAGCACAGAUCAUGAGCCAACUAAUGGACAAGAGUGUCGUCUUCCAAUUUACCAUCGUUGGGGAAGGACAGUAUAUAUGUUCCUCCUAUGACCUAGUAUUGAGCGGGAUCUCUGGCGACGAGGAUCCUGCGCUGGAAGCCGCCAUGAAACCUUGCGUCGCCGUGCGAGUGAUCGAUUACAAAAAUGCUGUUAUUCAUCUUUGGUCUUUGGAGAAGUUGGAGCAACGCGUCCGGACCAUGAGGCAAAUGCACCAGUAUCUUGACAGGCCAGACUACCUGCAACAUUUCCGGCUCGAGAAUCCCUUCAUCGAAAAUUUUCUGCCUCAAUUCUCUCUUAUUGGUGAGGCCAACGUGCCCUUGACCGCCGUUUUCGAAGCUCGAGUUCAAGAUUAUGCCAUCGAAGUCUAUUCGACCUACACACUCGAAGCGAUCGGCAGGAUCAAGCUGUCACUAGAGCCGUCUGCGGCACAAGCCCCUCCAAAGAUGCUCAAGUUCAACGUUGUGAUGCAUGAGAUGGUAGGCUUCGCAGAGCGGGAAGGCACCAAGCUUCAUAGCCAGAUGUUCAUACCAGGAAUUAGUGAAGAGGGAGGUGCGACGGCUACGCAGAUGAUCCAAGAUUUUGACGAAGACCCUAUUCGCUUCGAAAGCGUUCACAGCAUGAGUGUACCACGGAGCGCUCCUCCUAGCGCAACUCUACGUGUGGCCAUAUAUGCAAAGGUGACUCCCAUGCACCUAGACAGGCUUUUGAGCUGGGAUGAGAUCCGGGAGACAGGUCAGGACGUCUCGCUCAAUGGCCAUGCUCAAACAGCGAGAUUACCUGAAUCCGAAUACUGGAUGCAAGAAGAGCACGAUGUGUACGCCAAGAUCAAGAUUUUGGAGUUAUCUGAGACGGGCGAAUACCUCCCGGUGGAAAUCGAGCAGCACAGUAAUCUGGGUCCGGGAAUGUAUCAACUGCAUCAAGGCUUGCAAAGACGGAUCAUGAUCAAUCUAACGUGCUCCUCAAGCGAGUCAUUGCAGUGGACAGAAGUGAAGUCACUACGUGUAGGGAGCUUGCAAGUCAUCAACCAGGACUUUUCUAUCCUCGGUCGAAGCGACUCAAGUCGUCAGCUCCCGCUAAAGCUCGUCAAGGAACCAGCCGUUGUGGAAGAUGCGAACGGUAUCAAGGAGUUCACAUUGACCGGGCAGUGGGACUCGAAUGGCUCCUCGCUCCUCGAUCGACCUACCGCAGAUAGACACAUGGUGCAAAUGUCAAUUUCGGUUGAUGUAACAUCCUCGCGAGUCCACCAGCCUAUGACCUUCACACUGGAAGAGAACCUACAAGUUCGGCCUCGAUCAUGGCUUCGACCCCAGUCAAUGUUCAAACAAUUAUGGAAAACUACCAGGAUCAUACACUAUACGGCUGGUAUCUUCUCCGUUUCCAUCAGACCAGCCUCGGCCAAGCGUGCCUCGGACAUUUGGAGGAUGGAUAGCCAGCAGACCUACGUCAAAGGAGAGGAAGACCUCACUAAUUGGAAGCCGAGAGGAGUCGGUCUUCUCCACGACUAUAUCCGGUCACGAAAAAGCAGACGACAAAUCGCAGAAGUCGAAGCCACAAAGGUCUUUCUGCGUCGCCAUCGAAGUCCCAUUCCCUCCUCGCCAACCUCCACUGAGCUUUCUCCCGCCCAAAAGAGUCUCCUCGAAAAGUGCCUCGAUCUUUGGACCUUGACUUCGAAGAAGCCCCCAUCCCUCACACUGUCUCCAGCCGACCCCUCCGGCUCCUCUGCUCCAGGUCAGGCUCAAUCUCAGCCCAGACAUGAUCCUCCAGCUCUGACAGCGACCAUCCACCACCACCCCAAAAACCCUCUCCUCCUUAAAUCCUCCUUCCUGCUCACCCCCAACCCCACCUCCCAUGCGUGGACACGCCACUUCGCUGAGCUCCGUCCGCCGUAUCUACAUCUCUACGCCGUGCCUUCAGGCAACGAAACCGCUACCAUAAAUUUGAGGAAUGCCAGAAUCGAUGUUGAUCCACCGGUUCAGCGCUUAUUGAACGAAGAGGAAGGGACAAGAGGAGGGCAGGGCAGGAAGAAUGUCUGGGCUGUGUACGCGAAGGGCGGAAGUUGGCUAUUUGCGGCGAGAAGUGAAGAGGAGAAGGGACGGUGGGUCCUAGCUGUCGAUGAAGGAUUUAUCGAUGAGCCGUGA